AUGGACGCAUUGUCCCGCCCUGCUGUCGUCAUCGACAACGGCACCGGGUACACGAAGAUGGGGUUUGCGGGGAAUGUGGAGCCCUGCUUCAUCACCCCCACUGUCGUCGACGUCAACGAUUCCUUCUCGGGCUCCGCCCAGUCGGCAGCGAGGGGCACCCCCGCCAGGGGGAACUGGCUCUCUCAGCACAACGCCGCCGGCGUCAUGGCUAACCUCGACUUCUACAUCGACGACGAAGCGCUGGCCCAAUCCUGCGCCAGUAGCUCGCAUAGUUUGAGCCAUCCCAUCCGCAACGGCCAGGUGGCGAACUCUUUCAGGUGGAAUACCAUGGAGAGGUUCUGGCAACAAUGCAUCUUCAAUUACCUCCGGUGCAACCCAGAAGAUCAUUAUUUUAUUCUAACUAAGAGCCCUCUGACUGCCCCUGAGACCCGGGAGUACACCGGAGAGAUCAUGUUUGAGACGUUCAAUAUGCCUGGCCUCUAUAUUGCAGUCCAACCUAUCCUUGCGCUGGCUUCUGGGUACACUACAACUAAGUGUGAAAUGAUAGGUGUUGUAGUUGAUGUGGGUGAUGGGGCUACCCAUAUUGUUCCGGUUGUUGAUGGUUAUGUCAUUGGGAGCAGUAUCAGAUCUAUUCCAAUUACAGGCAAGGAUGUUACCCAGUUUAUUCAUCAACUUCUAAAGGUAGCUUCCUCUGCCUUCUUGUUGACUGUAGAAAGACACUACUCAACCUGUCUAGAUAACGGUACUAUCUACAUUUUACUAUCUACAUUUAAUGGUAAAAUAUCAUGUGCACUGUGCAAUCAACGAAUCUGAAACAUUAAAUCUGUAUCCAAUGGUAACUGCCAUUAUAUUUAUAUCCUUUCACCUCACACACCGUUGAAAUUUGCCAAACCCCCCUGAAAUAGCUACCG